GUUCUUUUGUAAAAUUCAUAUGAUUUCAUUAGGCUCCCUUUCACUUCAUCUUCAUCCAACUUUUCCCCAGCCCCCAUUUUUUGCACCCAACUUCAACCGAGAGUGAUUGGAGGGCCCUGAAGUCACCGGUUGCUGACCGCAGAAGAGCUCCAGCCUUUUAAUGAAGCUGCACAUUGAUAAUCGAGAGCUACAAGAAACUCCUGAACAGAAAGAACAGACGACAUACCAAGGAACAACACAACUGCAAGUCUGUUCAUCUUUAUAGGACUGGCUUGACAGAAGAAAGAAAACAGGCCCAAACUGAGUCAAAGGCUACCAAGUAGAAGAAGGAGAUGGAAGAACAGGACCCAGAAGGAGUGGGGCAUUGCAAGAGAGCAACGAGUGGCCCCUGUCCCAUCCAAGCUGGAAGUGGUGUUGAAUUCUGGGAGAGAGCUGUGCCGGAAAUCUGGAAUGAAGAGCCCCUGAAUGUGGAAAUACUUUGCCGCCACUUCCGGCAGUUCCGCUACCAUGAUGCUGAUGUGCCCCGAGAAGUUUGCAGCCAGCUGCAUGGACUUUGCAACCGCUGGCUGAAGCCAGAGAGGCACUCCAAGAAGCAGAUCCUGGACCUGGUGAUCCUGGAGCGGUUCCUGGCCAUCCUGCCCCGAAAAAUGCAGCGCUGGGUUAGAGGAUGCUGUCCGGAGACCAGUUGCCAAGCGGUGGCCCUGGCAGAGGGCUUCCUCCUGAGUCAAGCCGAGGAGAAGAGGCAGGCAGAGCAGGGCCCAUCCUUGAAGAUGGAAACGAAGUUCUCUGAGAGGGAAAGAGCUCCGCUGGAGGAAGGGCCUCCUGCCCAUGACGAGGAACAUGCCCAAAAUGCCCUCUCACAUGGCAGUGAAGAGAGAGUUUUGAUCCCUCCUGUUUGUGGAGGUGUGAAAACAGUUGCUGCGCCUCCAGCCCAGGUAGGAGAGAUGAGCAGGAGACAGCCUGGUUCCCCCUCCCUUUCCCAG